AACAAACAUUACACAUUCAAUCCUCUUUUUAUGUCUGUUAUUGUUACUUCUUCUUCUUCUUCAUCUCAAAAUAAUUUUCUUCUUAUUCUCUCUUUUCUUUUUCUCAUCAACAAAAAAAACAACAACCAAAACAAAAGAAUUGUAAUGGGUCUCUUACUUUCAAGGACUUUGGCUUCCAAAUUCUUUUACCCUUUACUUUUUUCUAAGAAAGUUCAUAAUUCUGAUUUUUUCCAUCAACAAUUGGAAAACAUGAUGUGUUUGGUCUCUCCUAGAACAGGAAGACAUUUACAACGAUAUGAGAAAGGCUGUCGCCAAGUUGUGGGAUGCAUACCUUACAGAUACAAAGUCAACGGAACCAAAGAAAAUGAAAUUGAAGUUCUUUUGAUUAGUGCUCAAAAGGGUAGUGGAAUGCAAUUCCCAAAGGGUGGUUGGGAAAGUGAUGAAUCCAUGGAACAAGCUGCUUUGAGAGAAACCAUAGAGGAAGCUGGAGUUCUUGGAAGUGUUGAAAGUAAUUUGGGUAAAUGGUAUUAUAAAAGCAAACGCCAACCCACUAUGCAUGAAGGAUACAUGUUCCCUUUGCUUGUUAGCAAGGAGUUGGAUAAUUGGCCAGAAAUGAACUUAAGAAAAAGAAAAUGGUUGACUGUGGAUGAAGCAAAAGAAAUAUGCCCAUAUGCAUGGAUGAAGGAAGCUUUAGAUGAAUUGGUCAGUAGACAAACAACCAAUUCAAUCUAAGUUUUUAGGUUUUACAUUAUAGGCCUUCUCUCUUGCUUUUGGAGUCUACAAAGUGGUAGAACCAGAAGCACUCAAAAGAGAUAUUAUUAUUAGGACAUAGAAAAUGAAAUCAAAAUCUCAUGUCUUCAAUUUGCUUGAGUUAGCAAUAGAUUAUGAAUUCAUAGAGUGUAGUUGAGGUCUAACCAUAGAAGGGAUCCACUUUAGAUGUACAAAGUCAUUCAUUCAUUAUUUCAUUCAAUUCAUUCUUUGGUAAUGUAUCUAAUAAGCUAUAAGCUAUGCGUAAUAUACACUCUUCUUCUAGAGUUUCUGGCUGAAGAUUAUACUUGGUAUA